CAUUUUGCUAUCAAUAAAUGAACGAGAUCGUGUAAUGUGGUUAAAAAAAUAUAAUUUGUGGCUGUAUCGACCAAGCAACCAAGACCCCGAAGACCCCAAACAAACUCCAAUCAUUGUUCAAUUGAUGACGUAGUCCACAGACUCAAUCCCAGCAAUUAGUUGAGUAUACUAUGUAUAUGAUGAAAAGAUACACAGCGAAAUCCCACCACAUGGGAUGUGAAAAAAGGCAUUACGACUAUACGUAAAAAUUACUCAGAGUCACUCUCAUUGUAAUGUGGUAGAUAAAUGCUUGAAAAGUGAGUUGGGCACAUCCAACAUCGCAUCAAGUUAUUUCAGUCAUUUAUCGGCAGCCGAUGGAGGUGAUCCAGCGGGUGAGCUUCUGAUCGUGCGAACUUUGACAAUGAAGUGGUGUUGUUGUUGCAAUAAAGUGUGAUUAGUUUUGCUUAGAUAGGGAAUAAAAAGUUUAACCAAUUUCCCAAUAUUACAUAAUAAAUUGAUCCUCCAGUUGUAUUUUUCACGCGUUAAUUUGUGCUAAGGCUUGUGCAUUUGUGGGCAAUUUGUUCAUCGAGUAAUUAUCAGUGCUGUGUCAAAGUUUUUUUUUCGCCUCUUGUUUUUCUUUCUUUCAACAUUUAACUGAUAAUAAAACACUCUGAGCAUUCGAUUUGAGCAGUCUACGGGCAACAUUGAGUAGUGAUCAAAAUGGAAAAUCUAAGUGCAACUAGUGAACAAAUUGAAGAGCUUCGACGGCUUUUCUUUGAAAAAGUUGCAAAGGAUGGACACCAAAUUGACGGUGGUUUCCAUCCGGCUGAUAUUGAAAGAAUACAAAAUCGAGAAAAAUGGCUUCGACUGUUUAUUGAGUACAACGAUUUAGAUCUGAAAAAGGCAUUAACUCAACUUUGGGAUACGUGCGAAUGGCGGAAGAAUUUUGGAACAAAUGACCUAGAGGCCAGCCAGUUGCGACAGGAAUACCUUCAUGAAGGUUUUAUGUUUCCCAAAAAUCGCGACAUAAACGGGAAACGGCUCCUCAUCUUCCGUUCCAAGCUGUAUGUACGUGGAACAAAAGAUAUGGAUGAUGUGAAGAGGUUACUCGUCUACUGGGUAGAGAGAGUUAUGUACAGAGAGGAAGACCUUGACCAAAUCUCGGUAUUUUUCGAUCUCAAGGAUUCAGGGCUCAGCAAUAUGGAUAUGGAAUAUACGCGGUACAUUAUAAACCUGUUCAAAUACUAUUAUCCAAAUUCACUAAACUACAUCAUAAUCUUUGAAAUGCCCUGGAUACUGAAUACCACCUUCAAAAUUAUUAAGACGCUCUUACCAGCGAAGGCUGUUGUGCGAAUGAAGUUCGUCAAUGGCAAGACACUUCAUGAAUUUGUCGACGAGAGCAAUAUGUUGGACAUUUGGGGUGGGAAUGAUUGUUACACAUAUGAAUUUCUUGAGGAGGAAACCCCCACGAAGAGCAUCAAUAACAAUGUGAGCACUACCGGAAGGAAGGUACAUUUUGCAAAGCUGAGCCCAACGGAAUCAUCAAUGUCGGACCAACAUUCGCCGGGUUUUACAAUGGAGAAAGGUACCGUGGGUGAGGAGAUGCUGCGUGUGGUACAAGACACGUUGGUUUUCAACAAAGUGGGCACGGACUAUUCAGGAUCUGUGGAGAUAAUUAAUAUUGAUCUGAAACCAAUAACGUACAAAGUGAAGACGACGGCACCCGAUAAAUUCAGAGUACGCCCCAGUUCCGGGGUUUUGGCACCGGGUUCCACAACCACAGUCAAUGUGGUCCUCGUACCUGGCUGCCAACUGACAACGCUAUCACGGGAGAAAUUCCUCGUGAUGUGCAUGGCUUUGGGUGCUGACAAGCAGACAAAUUCCCAAGACAUUGCCGAACUGUGGAAGAAUACUCCUUCACACAGUCAUCUUGUUGAGCAGCACAAAUUGAAAUGCCACCUGCCAGGUGUAUCUCAUGUUGCCGAGGUAUCAUUCAGGAAUGGAAAUGCUUUCAGCGGUAGCUCCGGAAGUGACAGCGACCGGCAACUUAGUCACCUUGUGCGGGAGGUGCAUGACCUGUCGGAAUCGGUGGAACGAUUGGAUGCGCGGCUCAAGAGAAAUCAGAUACUCUUCUUCCUGGCACUCCUUGCCAUUGUAUCCUUCUGCGUGGCCACGCUGUACAUUGUUAAGGAGAGUGUAGAUAACCAGGGAUACUGCGCCAAGAGGGACUUGUAAAUGGGGCGCAUCUGACAAUUUUUUUCUCCAAGCGCUAUAUGGAUUUCAUCUGGACGCAAUACUCACUGAUGUUUGUGAACAUGGCAUAGAAAUACCUUCUAUAUUUCCAAAAUCUGUUACGUGGAUGCAGUAUUUUGUACAUAAUUUAUAGUUGAUUGUGAUCUUCAAUCAAAAAUAAAUCUCAUGUUUCAGAAA